UUCCGGUGUCCGGCGACCCCCUCUGUUGUCUUGGAGAUGUCGUGGGUUCGAGCCGCGGCCUCCGUCCAGUCCCCUGCGGAGGAGGGCGACGUGUUUGACGAGGAAGCUGACGACUCUGCCCUGGUGGAGCGGGAAUGGCGGAGUCACAUGCAGAGACGGGUCAAAGAAGGUUAUAGAGAGGGGAUAGAUGCUGGCAAAGCAGUUGCUCUUCAGCAGGGCUUCAAUCAAGGUUAUAAGGAAGGUGCAGAAGUCAUUAUUAACUAUGGACAACUCAGAGGGACUUUGAGUGCUUUGCUCUCCUGGUGUCACCUUCAUGAUAAUAGUUCAACUUUGAUCAGUAAAAUAAAUAAUCUUCUGGAUGCAGUUGGCCAGUGUGAAGAGUAUGUACUCAAACAUCUGAAAUCAGUCACUCCACAGCCCCAUGUUGUAGAUUUAUCGGACUCCAUUGCGGAUAUGGACCUUUGUCAUGUAGUUCCAGCUGAGAAAAAGAGUGAUGAAGCUAAAGAUGAAAGACUCUGUGAAAAUAAUGCUGAGUUUAACAAAAACGGUAACAAGAGCCCCAAUGGAAUAGAUUGUUCACAUUUAGAAUGUUGUAGAACACAGGAGCAUGCACCUUCCGAAAACCCAAACCUCACUUGGAUUUUAAAACAGACAGCCAAUUUAGUUAAACAGCUGGGAGUAUCAGUAGAUGUAUUACAACACCUCAAACAACUAUAAAAAUUAUCUUCCUUUUUCUAAUGAAAAUGUUCAGAACAUCUUAAGAACAUUUUAUUUCCUGACAGACUAACCAAAAUUUGUAUUGGUUUCUGCAUUGAACACUUUACUAGUAGGGUUAUCCUUGAUGGAAAUUUGAAAUGUUUUCAAACUAACACUAUUAAAUAUAAUACAAGCCUUU